UUCCUCAGCCUUUUCAAAAUAAACACUCAGCACGAGUGGCUGCUCUCGUCGCUUAAAAAAGGAUCAUUUUCAUCCACUUCCGGUGAUUCCGGUGGUCUAUUCCUUUGUGGAAACCUGUUAACCAUUUCACUCGACCAUGCCUAAGAAAAAGUUUAUCGACAAAAAGAAUUCCGUAACGUUCCGUCUGGUGAACCGGAGCCAGCAGGAUCCCCUGUACGUGGACGAAACAGCACCACAGAAUGUCUUACUGCCAGUUCGGGUACCCGAAAAGUACGCCAACCUAGCUGGUGGCAUCAAGAGACAGGCAACAUCCGGAUUGAACGUUGAUCCGACGAAACGUAAAACGGAACAGGCAAAGUUCGGCAUAUACUAUGAUGAUGACUACGACUAUCUGCAGCAUCUGCGAGAGCCAGGUCGCAACGAGGUGUACUGGGAACCGAUUGAUACGAAAGCCACCAAGGAACAACCGGGAGCGAAGAAUGUUCGCAUUCAACUGCCCAGCUCAGUGUUCCCAUCGGAGUUUGAGGAAAAGGAAGGCAUUAUGAAGAAGGUGGCCAAUGCUCGACCGGGCCCGCGUCCCGAUUGGGACCCAGAAAUUGUAGCGGCACUUGAUGAUGAUUUCGACUUCGAUAACCCAGACAACGUACUGGAAGACGACUUCAUGGACCGUGUGAUGCAAGCGGGUGAUGUAGGGGUUGACGAUUUGCUAGAGGAUCCCGAAGAUGGUGAAGAUGAGGACGAUGAGUUUGAUUCUGAUGGCGCAGAAGAUGAUUAUUCUGACGAAGAGCGCGAUGGUUUGGGCCCACUCAUGGAUGAGUAUGGUCGAGAGGAAACCAAAUCCCGCUUCACCGAAUAUUCCAUGUCCAGCAGUGUGAUACGGCGCAAUGAGCAGUUGACGUUGCUUGACGAUCGAUUCGAAAAGUUCUACGAACAGUACGACGACCCGGAAGUGGGUGCACUGGAUUGCGAAGAAAUCGAAGGGCACGUCGAGGUGAAUGACGACGUAUUGUUACAGUACGCCGAAGCGUAUCGACGCGAGAAUGGAGACGAAUGUAUUGAUGAGAAAGAGAAAAAAUGGAUAAAAGAACGUGUCCUUAAAUUCCACGAAGAAGAUGACGAUGAAGAAGAGCUUGUUGAUAUGCCAGUGGAAGAUGAGGAGGAAAAGAAGUGGGAUUGCGAAAGUAUCCUGUCCACGUACAGUAACAUCUACAAUCACCCCAAACUGAUCGACGAGCCGAAGCGAUCGCGCAAAAUACAGAUCAACGCUAAAACGGGCCUGCCAGCGAACGUCCUCGGUUCAGAAGGAGACAAACUAACGAUCAAAUCGCUGGCCAAGCUACAACAGGAUGGAAGUAAAUCUGCCGGUCCUAAAUCUCUAUGCGAUGAGAGUGUUAUCUCUACUCUGAGCGUGCUUUCGAUCAGACCGAAGGAUGAAUCCCCCGAGGAAAAGCGGGAACGCAAGAAGUUACUGAAGGAAUACCGGUCUGAGCGACGGAUAGAACGAAAGGCAAACACGCAGGCCUUCAAGGAGGAGAAGAAAAUCCAAGAGAAGGUCAAGAUCAACAAUCAAGUGAAUGCUGGCAAGCGUAUCCUUUAAAUGGCGGCAAUAAGUGCGACGGUAUAGCAAAUACACCCUGUAUUGUCCAUCAAGUAAAGCAGCCAGUUUGGAAAAUUCUAAUAUUUUCUUGUGAUUCAUUUCGUUCUCUAACACGCCGAAUGUUUGCCUUGGUGAAGGAAAAUAAAGCAUUCGUUUGUAAAUUGUAAAC